AUGACGCGAUCAGAAACAAAACUGCCGACAGUUGAUCGCAUUGUCACAAGUGUACCUUCUCCUCCGAGCAAAUUAAUGCCUUCAAGUACGGUGUUCGAUUCUAAGGGUCGUCCUCAACUGGAUGUAAUUGGACCACAUUUAAUUUCUGAAGGACGACUGACAGAAGAAGCAAUACUAAGAAUUAUUAAUGAUUGUUCAGCCAUUUUAAAAUCAGAAAAAACUAUGCUUGAAUUAGAAGCUCCAAUUACAAUUUGCGGUGAUAUACAUGGUCAAUUUUAUGAUCUAAUGAAACUUUUCGAAGUUGGUGGUCCUCCUGAAACAACACGUUAUCUAUUUCUUGGAGAUUAUGUUGACAGAGGUUAUUUUAGCUUAGAGUGUGUAAUCUACUUGUUUAGUUUGAAAAUUCUACAUCCACGCAGUCUGUUUCUUCUACGUGGUAAUCAUGAAUGUCGUCAUUUGACACAAUAUUUUACAUUCCGACAAGAAUGUAUCAUGAAGAGUACGGAACAUGUUUAUGAAGCUUGUAUGGAAGCAUUUGAUCUUUUACCAUUAGCUGCAUUGAUCAAUCAACAAUUUCUAUGCGUACAUGGUGGGCUAUCGCCUGAAUUGCAUACAUUAAAUGAUAUACGUAAGUUGGAUCGAUUUAAAGAACCACCAGCAUUUGGUGCAAUGUGUGAUUUAUUAUGGGCUGAUCCAUGUGAAGAUUUUGGUCAAGAAAGAAAUUCGGAACAUUUCAGUCAUAAUACAGUUCGUGGAUGUUCAUAUUUCUACAGCUUUAAUGCAUGUUGUCAUUUUUUACAAGCUAAUAAUUUACUGUCUAUUAUACGAGCUCAUGAAGCACAAGAUGCCGGUUAUCGAAUGUACAGAAAAAGUCGACAAACUGGAUUUCCUGCUUUAAUUACAAUUUUCUCAGCACCAAAUUAUUUAGAUGUGUAUAAUAAUAAAGCCGCUAUAUUAAAAUAUGAAAAUAAUGUAAUGAAUAUACGUCAGUUUAACUGUUCACCACAUCCAUAUUGGCUACCGAAUUUCAUGGAUGUAUUUACUUGGUCAUUACCAUUUGUUGGUGAAAAAGUUACCGAAAUGUUGGUCAAUGUACUUAAUAUAUGUUCAGAUGAUGAACUGCUAUCGGACACACCAGAAGAUGAAUCACAAAUCACAGCGCGUAAAGAUGUUAUCAGGAAUAAAAUUCGAGCAAUUGGUAAAAUGGCUCGUGUAUUCACUGUGUUAAGAGAGGAGAGUGAAACUAUACUUGAACUCAAAGGACUUACUCCAACUGGUAUGCUUCCAUUAGGAGCAUUAGCCGGUGGUCGAGAAGCUAUCAAAGCUGUUUCUGGAACAUGGACACCACAUAAAAUUCAAUGUUUUGAGGAAGCAAAAGCAUUUGACAAAGUCAAUGAACGAAUGCCACCACAUUUAGAUAUGAAUUCUAAACGAUGUUGGCCAUAUUCUUCCACAACAUCAAUAAAUACAAAUGAUGAACAAGAAAUUAAAUUGUCUGAUUCACAUAUUAUCAUUAGUCGUGAGCCAAUUGUAGACGAUGAUGGUGAUUCUUUACUUACAGUUAGCUCACAAAAAUCAAUGCCAAGACCACCAUCGAUUUGUGAAGAACACUCAUCUGAUGACGAUAAUGUUGGUGAUGAUGAUACUGAAGUCAAAAAUGAUAGAAGAAAGCUCAGACAACAAAUCGAUACUGUUAAUGAUCUCAAAUCAACAAAAUUAACUAAUCAACUUGAUACAAUCAACACAUCAAAUGAUCCCAAGCAGUCGACUAGUUCUGGUGAUUCAACAAAAUCAAAUAAAAAUGAUUUAAGCAAUACUACUAAAACUCCUAGUACUACUGCUAUUGGUGGUAGUAGUAGUAGUAGCAGUAGUUCAACAUUACAAAGUAGAACAAUUAUAAGGACAAUAACACCUAAUAAAUCGAAAAAUGACAACCUAUAAUCAUCAGUGCUUCCGUAGGAACAUUCAAUCUAUCCAUGUCUAUUAUGACUUGAUCUGAAAAUUCGUAUUUUACAACUAACUAAGCGAAUAAUCAAAUAGAUCUAUAAUCUAUAAAUAUACAUAUAUUUAGAUAUUAUGCAAUUCAUUUCAUUUGUUUUUCUUCAUGGUUGGUUGUGUUGUUGUCUUUUCCCUUUGGUCAGUCGUUGUUACUGUUGUUUGUCCGUUUAAUAAUCAUAGUGACUUUCCUCUUUGUUUCUUUCCUCAUUUGUGUUGAUCUCUCUCUCCUUCUCGAUUACUUUGUGUACAUUUCCUCGACGUGUAUUUUUGGGAUGGGGGUUUUGAAUUUCAACAUAAAAUCAUCAAUAUGAUAGUAUUACAUGUUUGCCACUGCUUUUCUUCACUAACCGAAUACACUGUAAAUAUAUACUACAUUCUUGGUAAUAAUAAUAGUAAUGUGUGCACUUAUAUCAAAAGAAACUUAUACUUAUAUACGAGGACCAGAAAACUUCAAUUUAUGUCCUGAUAAACAGUGAAAUUAUACACAGAACAUACCAAGACGCGGUCAAAUAAACCUUUUUAGAUUUUGCUCUCUAUUUCUUACAAGCUUCGUUUCUUUUUCUAUUGAUCUACCUUUCUCCGAUCUUAUAGUUGGUUAUCCUCUCUUUCUUUCUCGCGCACGCGCGGUAUUCGACCUGUCAACUGUUAUUUUCUUUUUAAGGUAGAUAACUAUUAAAUAAUCAGCAAAUUUAUAAUCUGUGAGAAUAAUAAUGAAGUGCUCAUCUAUUGUCUCUUUGUUUGCCUGUUGUGUCAAUUUGUCUCUGCCCUAUGUAUGUGUGUGUGCCUGGGUAUAUGUCGUGUUCGACGUCAAAUUUGGCGUGGAGUUUCCGUUUUUUUUGUAAUUAAUGCGUUUUCUUCCAUUUUUAACAUGAUUCUUGUCGCUUGCUUUUUUUCUCCUAAAUUUCUAAACAAACUUAGAUUUUUGGUUUGGUCUUGUUUAUUAUUUCUACACAUGCACAUUUGAUAAUAAUAAUAAUAAUAAUAAUAAUAUCCAUCUUACAAAAUCAUUGUCUACAUGAAUGUAAAACGAGAAUUGCACAGUAACUAAGCAAAAAAAAAUACCCAAACUAAACAAAGAAUGUAAAAGAAGUUACACAUGAUUCAUUUAUUUUUCAUGUUUAAAAUUUAUUUUUUAAUUUCACAAAAUUGGUAAUUGGGGGGGGGUGGAGGGUAAAAGUUUCUAUUGAAUUAUUAUUAUUAUUUUCUUAAAAUAUGGGAUAUACAGGAAUAUUGUGUUUACUAUUGUUUUAAUUGUUGUUGGCGAUCAAUAAUUUGUUCAAUUUUAUUUUUGUGUCUAUCAUUGAUUGGCUUACUUUUGUUUUGAUAACAUAUUGACGAUAAUGAUGAUUAUCCGUAUCCUCAAUUCGAUCAGUAUUAAUUAAAAUGCAUAUGGUAACAGUUUCCAAGUGUUCCUGUUUAGCCACCUUUGAUUUCUGAUUUGUAUAUGAAUGUAUGUUUUCCCUAAUCUUUUUGUUCGAUUACUUUUUCAAGCUAUUUAAUUAGAUAGACUAAAAUCGGAGUUAUGAAUCGUCCAUUUCUUUAUGUAUUCACUUUAAUUCUCAAUCUUCUUUUUUUGAAAUGUUUUCUUCUGUUAUGUUACUAUGUUCAUUGUUUAUGUUUUAAAUUACUGACACUCAAGUUGUCAAUGGAUUUUUAAACAUAUAUCCAUGUACAUCCAGGUUGGCAAAGUAUCUUCUGUUUUUCUUGAUGUGUACAGUGUCAUUUAUACUGUUUAAAUGAAAAUUCACAUGACUCACUUGUCUUUUUGUAUGUAUGUGUAUAUGCUAAUGUGAACGUAUAUAGAUUUUCUUUUGCUUUUCCUGUUAACCACAUUCAUGGUUUGUUUUCUUCAUUAUUAUGCUCUUAAUGUCCAACUCUCAUCAUGACCUAUUGUCUUCAGUUUUUGCAUACUUGUUGUCACUGCAUAUAUACUACCGGUUAAUGAGGUUGUUGGUGUUUUUUUCCCUCUCGAUCUCUCUCUUUCUUUCUUUAUAUCUUUGUGAAUAUCGUCAAAUGUGUAGGAUAACAUUGUGAUUCGAAUUAGAAUUAUCUUUUAUUUUCUUUGUUACACAAUGUACUGUAAGCAUAAUGAUGAUAACAAUAACUAUGAAUGUAUGACUCAAUAAAUUCUCCAGUUUUUAUUCAUCCUAUUUAUUCAUAUUAAUUGAUACUGCUCUAUUUUACUCAUUUACAUCUUUAAUUUAUCUCCUAUUUCCUCAAUAUCAUUACUAUCUGUUUAUUUUCUGGUCAAUUAUUUUACAAGUGACAUAUUGAUAACAUAAACUAAACAAAGAACUAACUUACACAUACAGAAAGAAAGAUCAAAAUGAAAUUCGAUAUGAUAACAGAAUGAAACUGGCAAUAAGUUUAUACAUAUAUAAAGUAAUGAAGAACGAUGCAUUAUGAUUAACAUUUUUUUCUAGUAUACAACUACUUGUUACUACAUAUAUAUGUAAUUGAACUUGUAUAUGAUCAGAUUAACUUUUGUCUCGUUUUUAUUGUUUACAGUCCUUGAUUUGUUCGAUUCUCUUUUUUUUACUCUGUCGAAUUUGACUAAUAUCUACACAUCAGUACUAGUUACAUCCUACAUCCGCCAUCCCUAAUCACCUCCAAUAUUGUUAAUAUCAACUAAAUAUUUCCUCUCCUGUGACCGUGUAGUUCUUUUUUUUUAUUCUACUACUUUAUAUUCAAUAGAAGGGAACUGGUUACACAAUCGUCCCUUGUAAGUAGGUGUACGUGUGUGUGCAUGUGUUUGUAUCGGGUUUUGAUAUUUCACUUUUGUCGAGAUUAGUCAAUGAAGUUUCCUAAUAAAAUACUUCAUAAAUAUAUUUUACUAUAUUGUCUUUUUUUCCUUCAACAUGUACCACAUCUGAUCGUAGCUUCCAAUUAGUUUGGUGACACAUCAUUUUUCUAUUUUGUUCCAUUUUGUGUUUUCUGUAUCAUCUUUCGAUUAUACUAAAACUAAAAUUACUGCUGUUCUCUUGCUGAUAAAUCAAAAUUACAAAUGAGUACUUUUUUUUAAAGAAAAAUUGUGCUCAUCUGUUUACUCUGUUUUUAGUAAAUGAGACAUUUAUCAACUGGUAAUAUGAUUAGUGUUUUUUUUCUUUUGUCUACUUUUCAUAUACACAAAGAUGAUGAUUUACCUAACCGUUUUGCUUUCUCACAUAUGAUCUUUUCCCCUCUAUUCCAGAAAUCAUUUUUAAAAAAAAUAUUAUUACAAUUACCGUUUGGAUUUACCGUGUGUUUUUCCUUGUCUUCACAACCACCUCCUUGUUGUUGUUCGCCUUGAAUUCGUUUUACCUUUUCCUUUGAAUUACAGUUCACCUUCGGUUGAAUUUUAAUAAUAAAAAUGAAAUAUUACUAAUUGUUUUCCAAACACUAUUCACUUGCAUACAUAUACUCAUGUAUGUAUAUGUAGAUGUAUGUGUGUGUGGGUGCAUGUGUGGAUACUUACCUCAACAAAUAAAUAAAUGAAUUUUUGGAUUUACAGAC